AUGGAGAAGAAGGAUUUGAAACGAUCAGAAGAAGAAUGCACUUUUGAUGGUUCUGUAGAUCGUCAUGGAAGACCCGCCAUUCGAUCAAGAAGUGGAACAUGGGGUGCUGGUAUUUUGAUACUUGUGAAUCAAGGUCUUGCUACCCUAGCAUUUUUUGGAGUUGGUGUAAAUCUAGUAUUGUUCCUGACAAGAGUGAUGGGGCAAGACAAUGCUACUGCUGCAAACAAUGUGAGCAAAUGGACUGGCACUGUCUACUUGUUCUCUCUUCUUGGGGCUUUCCUCAGUGACUCAUAUUGGGGUCGAUACAAAACUUGCGCCAUUUUUCAACUCAUAUUUGUCAUUGGAUUGGUUUUGUUGUCACUGUCAUCAUACUUGUUCCUAGUCAAGCCCAGUGGUUGCGGGGAUGGGAUAACUUCUUGCGCACCUCAUUCCACUAUCCAUCUAGCACUCUUUUACAUAUCGGUUUACCUAAUCGCCCUUGGAAACGGAGGCUAUCAACCCACUAUUGCUACAUUUGGAGCCGACCAGUUCGACCAAGAUCAUCCCAAGGAGAGCCACUCAAAAGUUGCAUUCUUUAGCUACUUUUACUUGGCAUUGAAUCUGGGAAGUCUUUUCUCAAACACCGUGCUCGGGUAUUAUGAGGAUAAGGGCAUUUGGGCUCUCGGCUUCUGGGCAUCUGCUGGCUCUGCUACACUUGCAUUGAUUUUGUUCCUGCUUGGAACACCAAUAUAUAGACACAUCACACCAAAAGGCAACCCAUUUUCAAGAUUCUGUCAGGUUCUAAUUGCAGCAUUUAGAAAAUGGAAAGUUGAAGUGUCCUCAUCAUCAAGUACCCAAGUUUGUUUAUAUGAAGUGCAAGGAAGUGAUCUUGCUGAUAAUGGAGGCAGAAAAAUACUUCAUACACAGGGAUUCAAGUUUUUAGACAAAGCUGCUGUAGUGAUACAAGAAGAUGAUAACGUUAUUAACCCAUGGAGGCUUUGCUCUGUAACACAAGUGGAAGAAGUAAAAUGCAUACUAAGACUCCUCCCGAUUUGGCUGUGCACUAUCCUCUACUCAGUCGUGUUCACACAAAUGACAUCCCUUUUCGUCGAACAAGGUGCCGCAAUGAAAACAACCCUCUCCGGCUUUCACAUACCACCGGCCAGCAUGUCUAGCUUCGACAUUCUAAGCGUCGCCUCUUUCAUCUUCAUUAGUCGCCGCAUCAUUAUUCCUAUUGUCUCUAGGUUUAGAAAAUCGGGGAAAGGCCUCACAGAGCUCGAGCGUAUGGGCAUCGGCCUCAUCAUAGCCGUGGCUGCCAUGCUCUCCGCGGGGGCUGUCGAACAUUUUCGGUUGAAAUAUGCGCGGGAAGAGGAGGACUCGAGCAGCUUGAGCAUAUUCUGGCAGAUACCACAAUACGUGUUGAUUGGGGCCUCAGAGGUUUUUAUGUAUGUUGGACAGUUGGAAUUUUUCAACAGUCAAGCACCGGAUGGGUUGAAAAGCUUCGGGAGUGCUCUUAGUAUGACUUCAAUAUCGUUGGGGAACUAUGUGAGCAGCUUGAUCGUGAGCAUUGUGAUGAAGGCAUCGACUUCUGAUGAUAUGCCCGGUUGGAUACCUAAGAACCUUAACAACGGGCAUUUGGACAACUUUUAUUACCUAUUGGCAGCUCUUACAACUGCUGAUUUUGUGGUGUAUGUGUUUUGCGCAAGAUGGUACAAGUACAUAAGGUUUGAGGACAGAAGUAGUAGUAAUAGAGGGAUUGUUAAUGAUGUGCUAGCGGUAUAA